UUUUCUUACCUUUUGUUCUCAUGGUGCCCAUCCUCAUUCAUGUUUUUUCUGUCUGUUUGUUCUCAUGGUGAUUUUUCCCGGGCAGUACUCUUCUUGCAUUUGUUCAAGGUCUCCAUUCAGAAACUGCUUGAAUUGGCGGAAGCCGCUGCUGAAAUUAGACGGCCUAACAUCAGAGUUAAAGAUAACAAGGAUCUCUUUUUGAUGAUUCAGGUCUUCAGGAAGAAGAUCCCCGAUGCAUUGAGCCUACCUGGUAAGUUUUACAAUUUGUCUUUAAAUACUUCUGGUAAAUAUAUCUCACAGUCGUACACGCUUGCUACCCUGAUCAUCUCUCACAGUGCUGAGUUGGGCCAUGUCGGACAAGAGUACUUUCAGUCUAUUGCCGAUUCCAAGUUCCUCGAUCCACUGAGCAGGGCUACCAUGUCCAUGUCCGACAUGACUCAAUACUUGGUUCUACUGUUGAUGUCUUAAACUCGAAGACCGAUCCUCGGCAGGCUGGCACCAUCCGAGAGAAUGGUUAUAUUCUCAUAAAAAAAUAGGCCCCCCAAGAUGUGUCUGGUGAACAAGAUUGGAAAGACAUGUCCUGAGGCUUCCAACUGAUAAACAUCUCUGCGCAGCAGAUCAUGGAUGGAAUGAAAUUGUGUAGACGGGCAAGGUAAAGCAGAAAAAAUUGACAACCCUGACGCUCCAAGAUCCCAAGUGAUCACCAGACUCUGGAGAACUCCAUUUACAGAAGCAGUCAGGAGCAAUGCAGCGCAUACAACAUCAGAAAAUUGGUAAUUCUCAUUCUUAACAACCACAAAAUAGUACCACAAAAUAUUUGCACAUCUUUGGAAAAGAUGGUUAGGGGAGAAUUACACAAGACUGGCUUUAA